GAGGACGGAAGGGGGCACGCGGGGCAGCGAGCACCACUGGCUGGGGAGCAGCGCGAGCCGCGGCGGCGGAAGCUUCUGGACGACAGCCGCUUCCUUCCAGAGUCUGACAGCUGGAUACAGUCGGGGAAACUCUCCGGAUUUGGGUGGAAAGAGGAGGAGGCGAUGAGAGUCCAGGCGGACUCCGCGAGCCUCAGACGCGGGUGAUGCCCGCACCGCCGCCCAGGAGCCGCCGCCGCAGCAGCAGCAGGAGGAGGGAAGGAGGAAGGAACAGGGCGCUGUGGGGCCGGUGCUGAGGAUGGUAUGGUCGGGAUCAUGGCCAACGGAAGCGGUACUGUGAUGUUGAAAUGCGUCGUGGUGGGAGACGGUGCGGUGGGCAAGACGUGUCUCCUGAUGAGCUACGCCAACGACGCCUUCCCGGAGGAGUACGUCCCCACGGUGUUCGACCAUUACGCAGUGAGCGUCAACGUCGGCGGGAAGCAGUACUUGCUGGGACUGUACGACACAGCUGGUCAGGAGGAUUACGACCGACUCCGGCCGCUGUCAUACCCGAUGACCGAUGUCUUCCUCAUCUGCUUCUCGGUGGUCAACCCUGCCAGCUUCCAGAACGUGCGUGAGGAGUGGGUGCCCGAGCUGCAGGAGUACGCGCCCAGCGUUCCCUACCUGCUCAUCGGCACACAGAUUGACCUCCGUGACGACCCCAAGACCAUCGCCAAACUCAACGACAUGAAGGAGAAGCCGAUCGCCACGGAGCAGGGACAGAAACUGGCCAAAGAGAUCGGCGCCUGUUGCUAUGUGGAAUGUUCGGCGCUGACCCAGAAGGGCCUGAAGACCGUCUUCGAUGAGGCCAUCAUCGCUAUUCUGACUCCCAAGAGGAAGAAAGGAGCGUUAAAGCGAAGACUGGGCCCUCGCUGCAUCAACUGCUGCCUGAUCACAUGAUGCAGAAAAGAAACUGAAAUCUACCUUCCUGGGACUUUACACAAAAGCCAGACGCUGGAGGAUCCGAGUUGACUUGCUGCCUCAGACGUCUUCUUUUUUAAACGUUUUUGAGGACUGCGACAUCAAAGCUGCAUAUAUUUGGUUUUGAAUACUACGUCUGAGAAUGAGCGCUGAAUUCCUCUGCUCUCUGUGAAGACUUUUUUUUUCAUUUGAAAGUGUAUUUUAUGAAGAGUUUAUGAUUGUAAAUGAUCCCUCGAACUGAGAUCCAACCAAAGCUUUCCUUUUCGUUCGCAGGAACAUUUGAACCCCUUUUCGUCCGAGAUAUUUAUCAGAUUUUCUAAAACCAAGUACAUGCUGUCAAGCUGUUUGUGUGUUCCUGAUGCACAAUUCAAUUUUCUGCUGCACAGUAAGGAACAUUCCGCUCUGUAUCCACCGCCAGAAGUACAUGAGGUACUCAAGGUUCUGCAAGCUAUGUAAAGAAGCACAGUGAAGCCUGUCAACUAACCAAUAUGCACAAGGAUUGAAGCUACAAGCAAACAGCACACAGACAUCUAUGCUAUAGAAAUGAAUGGAAGCAAAUGAAUGAAGAUGAACAUUUGUUAAAGGUAGACUGACUUCUUGACAAAAUUGAGAUGCCCGAACAUCCUGUAUAUUUUGCCAAAGAUCCAUUGUUGAUAAUAUGUAGCAACACUUCUCCUUCCUUAUAAAAUGUCCCUGGUUCAUAGUGAGACUUGUUACUUGCACAAUUGGCACAAGAUGUUGAAAAAUCUUAACAAAGUCCUCUCACUUUGGAAUGUUUCACUAAUGUGUCUGAAGAUGAGAUUCCAAAGAAGCGGGAGUUCCCAAAAUAUCACCCAGUAGUUGGAGAUGCUCCAGCGAGAUGCUAACCUGAAGUCUGUGGAAGUGUUUUGGAAGAGCGAUGAGGGAGAACCAGCUGCAGCACAAACGCAAAUCAGCAGAGGGCGCUAACCCACUCCCACUCCUAAACAAUGACGGAGAAAACCUCUCAGCAAACUAGGUUCUUGCAUAGAUCUUUAAGACUUUACCAAUGUGGACGUCAAUGGCAUCACAGAAGUGAACUCUGAGAUCUCCAGAAGCUGGCACAUCUUCAGUCAUGAGGGCUUUGUAGCUGUCUGUCAUGGUGAAGAAAGAGCUGAGCCAAAAGACAACGCUCACCUGUGGACAGCUGCAACAGUUUUCUCUCUCACAUCUGUAAUAAUGAAAGAGGCUCAGUCAUCCAGGAGAGUCUCAGAGUAGUCCAAGUGAAGACAGUAGAGAUAAAGAAGACAACCGGGGGGACACUGGACACUGUCUCAAAGUUGACCUGGAAAGAUUCUGACUAGUUUGUUUUCUCCUUCAUUCUCCCACUGUUCAUGCAUUUCAUGGCAGGUCAAAACUUGGGUGGGUCAGAGAAAGAACUAGGUAGAAAAGUUUGUUUGAAUGGGCCGGUGCAGCCUGCCUGGAGUCAGGCAACUUCCAUCAUUGCACUUUGAAAUGAGAAACAGGAAACUAUUUUGCUGACUCAACAAAAACACAUACUGCGUCUCCUUAUGAAGCUCUUUUGUAAAGCUCCCAGCCCUGCUCUUCUCUGAAUGCAGUUCUCACACUGUUUUUUUCAAGUCAAAGGUGCCAACUUUUGCUACCAAGCUUAUGCUCCUGAGUUCCACUGUGGAAGCUUUAACGUCUCUGGUGCUCUUCCUGCUCCGCUCGGCCUGAUUCUGUUCGCUCGCCUGCUUCACUUUCUGAACCCUGAAGUGCCGAUUCUCCUGCUGAUGCUCCUUCCCUCAAUAAACGUGUUG